AUGACAUGCUGUCGGGUACGCGUGGUCAUAAGGGGACACGUGCCACGCCGUCAGGAGAGUUUCCAAGCCGGAGGGCAGCUCCCCGAAACGCUUCAGCUCCGACUCAUCCACCUUUUUGGGGCCGUCCUCUCCGGAUCCAAGCCCAACGCCCUGCGGGCCAUCACGCCGGCGGCGGUGGAGGUGCUGCUGGGGGUGCUGCAGCGGGGAGGCGGGGGGACCCCCCUGGUCCCCGGGCUGCUGAAGCUGGCCUUACGCGGCGUGGUGGCCGUGGUCCACGUGCUGCACGGCAGCAGUCCCGGCGCCGGCCCCGUGCCGUUGCGCGUCCUCCUGGACGGUUACUUCAGGGUGCUCAAUUCGGACCUGCCCGUCGCUUCCUUGGCGCCGGAGGCGGCCGGUGGCCUCAUCACUCUCCGCGUCCUCAUGCUGGAUGCCAUCCCGGCCAUGCUGAGCUGUGAGGACCGGCCGGUCCUACAAGCCGUCUUUCUCAGCAACAACUGCUUCGAGCACAUCAUCCGCCUCCUCCAAAACAGCAAGCUCUACCUCAGCAACUCACGGGAGGCGGGCGAAGCCCAGGACGAGGUCCCUGCGCGGCCGCCAGACGCGGGGCUCCAGCAGGUCUUUGACGGCAGCUCCGACGCCAUCGCAGUCCACGCUAUCGGGGUGCUCACCGCCAUCAUGAGCAACUCGCCCUCGGCCAAGGAGGUGUUCAAGGAGCGCAUUGGCUAUGCCCACCUCUACGAGGUCUUGAGGAGCCAGGGCCAGCCCACCCAACGUCUGCUCCAGGAGCUCCUCAACAUGGCAGUGGAAGGCGACCACAGCUCCUUCCCAGUUCGCCCCAUCCGCAACGAGCAACCCCUGCUCAUCCUGCUGGCCUGGCUGCCGGUGUUGGCGUGCCGGGAGCUGCAGGUCUUCCUCUCGGGCCAGCUGCGGCGGCUCUGCGAAGCCUCCCUGCCCAGCCGCCUCACCUGCGUCAAGGCGGGCAUGGUGGGCUGCCUGCUGGGUGCCCUGGCCACCGAGCCGGCGCUGCCGGCUGCCUGCUCCGAAAAUUUACUGGAACUGCUGCGGGCGUUGGGCAGCCUCUCCAUCCGCCCCGGGGAGCUGCGGCAGCUGCUGCGGCUGCUGCGGCACGAGCGGGGUCGGGGACCGCAUCCCUACACGGCACCCGUCAUCCGGGCGCUCUCGGGGAUGGCGUGGGUCGAGGGACCUCCCCGGGCGCUGCAGUGCUUCGACCUGACGCCCGGCAUGGCGGGUAUCAUGGUGCCUACCGUCCAGAAGUGGCCCGGCGGUGCCUUCGCCUUCCACGCCUGGUUGUGCCUAAGCGAGGAGGAGCCCGAGCCACCGGCGAGGCCGAAGAGGAGGCAGCUCUACAGCUUCUUCACGGCCGGCGGGACAGGCUUUGAGGCGUUCUUCACCGCUGGCGGCGUGUUGGUGGUGGCCGUCUGCACCAAGAAGGACUACAUGACGGUGGCAUUGCCAGAGUUUGCAUUCAACGACUCAGCUUGGCACUGCGUUGACAUUGUCCACGUCACCGGCCGCCGGCCAUUCGGCCAGAACAUCGUCAGCAUCUACACCGAUGGGCACCUGCGGAAGACAGCGCAGCUCCGCUUCCCCUCCCUCCAUGAGUCCUUCACCUCCUGCUGCAUCGGCUCCGCGGGCCACCAGACCGCCACCACCACCAGCCACCUGCCAGCGUCCCACGGGCCGGAGCUGGUCUUCCCCCCACGCCCCGCACUCGGCCGCUCCCAGUCCAUCCCCGCUGCCCUGGGCCCCCACGCUUGGACCCCCACUCAGCCCCCCACGGAGGGGGUAGUGGCCACCACAGCGGCCGGCAGCCAGGACACCGAGUGGGGCAGCCCCACCUCCCUGGAGGGUCACCUUGGCUCCGUGGCCAUCUUCUGUGAGGCUCUGCAGCAAGCCCAGGUCAAGGCGCUCUUCUGCGCGGGGCCAAACGUCACCUCACCGUUUACACUGGAAGGUGACUUGGUGGAGCUCAGCAGCAAGCUCUUGCUGUACUACACCCCACAGGCCUGCAGGAACAACAUCUGCCUGGACCUCUCUCCCAGCCACGGCUUGGACGGGAGGCUAACGGGGCACAAGGUGGUCAACUGGGACAUCAAGGACGUGGUCAACUGCGUGGGUGGGAUGGGUGUGCUGCUGCCCCUGCUCGAGCAAGUGGUGUCCAAGAAGGAGGAGCCCGAGGAUGAGCAGGAGACCAAUGACCUGGUGGGGCCAGAGCUGACGUCCUCCAGGAACGCCCAGGGCAUGCUCAUCCCACUGGGCAAGUCCUCAGAGAGCAGGCUGGAGAGGAACAGCGUGGCCGCCUUCCUGCUGCUGGUGAAGAACUUCAUCCAGAACCAUCCGGUGAACCAGGAGAGCCUGGUGCAGUGCCACGGGCCGGCCAUCAUCGGGGCGCUGCUGCAGAAGGUCUCCGGUCCGCUGCUGGACAUGAGCACGUUGAUGGCCUCGCAGAUCCUCAUGGAGCAGGUGGCAUCUGAGGGCAGCGGGCUCCUGCUGCACCUCCUCUACCAGCAUCUCCUUUUCGACUUCCGCAUCUGGAGCAACAGCGACUUCGCCGUCCGCUUAGGUCAUAUCCAGUAUCUGGCCAACGUUGUCAAGGACCACAAGCAGCGCAUCUGCAAGAAGUAUGGGGUGCAGUACAUCCUCGACUCCAUCCGGACGUACUAUGGCACCUCCAGGGAGAAGACCACAGCCAUCGACGACAUCAAGACAGUGCAGAUGUCCCUCUUCAGCUUGGUGAAGGAUUUCUUCUGCAGGAGCUUCUCUGGGGAGGAGAUGCAGAGCUUGCUGAGCUACAUGGCCGGGGUGCAGGACGAGCAGCAGGUCUGCGGGGCGCUGGAGGUGAUCCACAGCUUGCUGAAGGGCUCGCCUGCCCAGGAGCAGCUCUUCGCCUUCCUCUUUGAGCCGGGCCACGUGGAGGUCCUCUUCUCGCUGCUGGUGCAGAAGAAGUUCUCAGAUGAAGUGCGGGAGAGGGUCUUCAAGGUCCUCUACAAGAUGCUGAAGUACGAGAAGGUCCCUGAGCGCAGCAAGAACCGCCUGAAGCUGAAGGACAUCGGGUACCAGGGGCUCAUCACCUGCCUCAGCGAUGUCCCCGGCUCCAUGCUGCUCUUCCGCUGCCUCUCGGAGCAGGUCCUCGGGGCAGACCCCCCCAACUACAAGGACCUGGUGGCCGUGGUUUACCUGUCCCACCGGGCCGAGCUGACCGUCCGGCUCGAUAUCUGCCGCAAGCUCUUCCACUUGAUCUACGCGCAGCAGGACAUGGUGAAGCAGCUGGCGAGGUUGGCCAGCUGGCAGGACACGCUCACCAAGCUCUACGUCAAAGAGUCCUACGAGUCCCGCCAGCACAGCCUGAGCAUCGCAGGCAACGGGGGCUCCCCGGAGCUCCUCCGCCUCUCAGACCCCCCCGGCAAAGAGGGGACGAGCCCACCGCCAGCUGAGCUGCAGGAGCUGGACGUCUUCCUGCCGCUGGGCUAUGAGGCCUCGGACCAGGAGCUCUCUGAGGGCUUCUCCGACCACUCCAUCUCCCCGAGCGGCCGCACCAAGUCCUUCCACUCCUACAACUUCAAGUCUUUCGACUCCUCCGACCGGGCCAGCCGCUCGUCCUCCAACCCCGGUGACGGUCCUCCCUUCGAUGGUGUCUACCACCCGCUCUCGCCCUUCUCCACCUCACCCUUCGACCUGGGGCUCGACCUGGCCAGCACCAGCUCCAUCGCCACGGCCGAGAGUGGCACACAGACCCCCGCCAGCGGCCCCGGCACCCCCUCGCCCCUGGAGAGCUUCAAGCCCUUCCCGGGGAUGCGAGCACGCAAGAGCUCCAGCCUCUCAAACGUCCUGGAUGAGAGCAGCUACCAGGACGCGCUGCCCAGUGACAACGUUUCCAACACCAGCAACCCCCAGCAAACGCCCGAGGAAGAGCUGUGCAACCUCCUGACCAACAUUGUCUUCUCGGUGACCUGGCGUGGGGUGGAGGGCUGGGACGAUGCAGCGUGGAGGGAACGCGGGCAGGUCUUCUCCGUCCUCACCAAGCUGGGGACAGCGUGCGAGCUGGUGCGGCCCCCUGAUGAGAUCAAGCGCAGCCUGCUGGAGAUGAUGCUGGAGUCGGCACUGACGGACCUGAAGGAGUCGGGGCCGGCCGCCCUGCCCGGUCUCACCCACAACGCCCUCAAGCUGCUGCGGCUGCUCCAGGACUUCUUGUUCUCUGAGGGACACAACAACCAGGCCCUGUGGAGCGAGAAGAUCUACGAGGGGAUGAGCAGUCUGCUGGACAAGCUGGGCGUCUGGUACCACCUGGCCAACGGCACCUCCGACCUCAAGGAGAUGGCCCAGACGGGUCUACGCGUCCUCGUGGGCUACAUCAUGCUGCAGGACCCCCAGCUGCACUCGCUGGCGUACGUGAAGCUGCACAGCCUGCUGCAGACCGCCUCAGCCCCCAAAAAGGACGAGGCUUGCUACCUCCUGGGCAAGCUGGAGACCCCGCUGCGACGCUCGCUGGACGCCAAGUCGGAGACCUUCUCCUGGUUGGUGCCCAUCGUCCGGACGCUCAUGGACCAGUGCUACGAGACCCUGCAGCUGCAGCUCUUCCUGCCCUCGCUGCCCCCCACCAACGGCAGCCCCACUUUCUAUGAGGACUUCCAGCUCUUCUGCACCACCCCGGAGUGGAGGGGCUUCAUCGAGAAACACGUGCAGCCCACCAUGGCCCAGUUUGAGAUGGACACCUUCGCCAAGAGCCACGACCACAUGUCCAAUUUCUGGAACGCCUGCUACGACGCCAUGAUGAGCAGCUCCCAGCGGCGGGAGCAAGAGAAGGCGGCCAGCCGCAAGAUGUUCCAGGAGCUGGUGCUGGAGCCGGUGGCAAAGCGCUCCAAGGCGGAAAAUGUCCGUCACGCCAACGUGCUCAAGCAGGCCAACAACCACCACAGCACCGUGCUGAAGCAGUGGCGGGGUCUGUGCCGCCUCCUCACCUCACCCCGCUCCGCCUGGGCUGACCGGAACCCACCAGAAGUUCGCUGGAAGCUGUCGAGCGCCGAGACCUACUCCCGGAUGAGGCUGAAGCUGGUGCCCAACCUGAAUUUUGACCAGCACUUGGAGGCCAGUGCCCUACGGGACAACCUGGGAGCCGACCACCUCCACAGCCCCGCCGAGUCCCUCCCGCUUGCCAUGGCCAAGGAAGCCAAGGUGAGCGAGCUGGAGGAUGACCAGCUGGCUGAGGAGGACCUCCCUGUCCUGGACAACCAGGCUGAGCCCAAGGAGCAGAACCAGCGGGAGAAGCUGGUGGUCUCGGAGGACUGCGAGCUCAUCACGACAGUGGCCGUUGUCCCCGGCCGCCUGGAGGUGACGACACAGCACGUCUACUUCUACGACGGCAGCAGCGAGAAGGAGGAGACAGAGGGAGGGAUCGGCUACGACUUCAAACGCCCCUUGUCCCACCUGCGCGAGGUCCACCUGCGCCGCUACAACCUGCGCCGCUCCGCACUCGAGCUCUUCUUCAUCGACCAGGCCAACUACUUCCUCAACUUCAAAAAAAAGGUGAGAAACAAGGUGUACUCCUGCAUCCUCGGCCUGCGUCCCCCCAACCAGAUAUACUUCGGCAGCCGGUCGCCCCAGGAGCUGCUGAAAGCCUCAGGGCUCACCCAGAAAUGGGUCCUGCGGGAGAUCUCCAACUUUGAGUACCUCAUGCAGCUGAACACGAUCGCAGGGCGCACCUACAACGACCUCUCCCAGUACCCCGUGUUCCCCUGGAUCCUGCGGGAUUACGUCUCGGAGACCCUCGACCUCACCGACCCGUCCGUGUUUCGGGACCUGUCCAAGCCCAUCGGGGUGGCCAACGAGCGGCACGCACGGGACGUGAAGGAAAAGUACGAGAGCUUCGAGGACCCCACGGGCACCGUGGACAAGUUCCACUACGGCACGCACUACUCCAACGCGGCAGGCGUCAUGCACUACCUGAUCCGCACCGAGCCCUUCACCACCCUCCACAUCCAGCUGCAGAGCGGCAGGUUCGACUGCUCAGACCGGCAGUUCCAUUCGGUGCCGGCAGCGUGGCAAGCCCGCAUGGAGAACCCCGUGGACGUCAAGGAGCUCAUCCCCGAGUUCUUCUACUUCCCCGAGUUCCUGGAGAACCAGAAUGGCUUCGACCUGGGCUGCCUGCAGCUCUCCAACGAGAAGGUGGGCGACGUGGUGCUGCCCCGGUGGGCGCACUCCCGCGAGGACUUCAUCUACCAGCACCGCAAAGCCUUGGAGUCGGAGUACGUCUCAGCCCACCUCCACGAGUGGAUCGACCUCAUUUUUGGGUACAAGCAACGAGGCCCGGCUGCCGUGGAGGCCCUCAACGUCUUCUACUACUGCACCUACGAGGGGGCCGUGGACCUGGACGCCAUCGCUGACGAGACGCAGAGGAAGGCUCUGGAGGGCAUCAUCAGCAACUUUGGGCAGACGCCCUGCCAGCUGCUCAAGGUAGCUCAUACCCCACCCACCCCACCCCCCAAAAAAAUAGCCCCUUUCAGGGGGUCACCCCCCUUCUCAUGGGGCAUCAGCGAUGGGGUGGCCCUGGUGCAAGCCGUGGUCCCCAAGAACCAGGCGCACUCCUUCAUCACUCAGGGAUCACCCGACGUCCUGGUCACCGUGAGUGCCAACGGCUUGUUGGGGACCCACAACUGGUUGCCCUAUGACAAGAACAUCUCCAACUACUUCAGCUUCACCAAAGACGCCACCGUCUCCAACACAAAGACCCAGCGCUUCCUGCAGGGCCCCUUCGCCCCUGGCGCGGACCUGUGCUCCCGCACGCUGGCCGUGUCCCCCGACGGGAAGCUGCUCUUCAGCGGGGGACAUUGGGACAACAGUCUCCGCGUCACCUCGCUGGCUAAAGGGAAGGUCGUUGGGCACAUCACCCGGCACAUAGAUGUUGUCACCUGCCUGGCGCUCGACCUCUGCGGCAUCUACCUCAUUUCUGGGUCCCGGGACACCACCUGCAUGGUGUGGCAGGUCCUACAGCAGGGUGGGUUUUCCAGCGGCUUGGCCCCCAAACCCGUCCAGGUCCUGUACGGCCACGACGCUGAGGUGACGUGCGUGGCCAUCAGCACCGAGCUGGACAUGGCAGGGUUUGGUGGUGAGGAUGGCACCAUCAUCAUCCACACCGUCCGCCGGGGUCUCUUCAUCCGGUCCCUGCGGCCGCCCAGCGAGAGCUCACCGCCUGCCGUCCUCUCCCACCUGGCCGUGGGGCCGGAGGGGCAGGUGGUCGCCCAGACCGCCGUGGGUCAACGAGCCUGCUUGAAGGACAGGUUUGCGCUGCACCUCUACUCGGUGAACGGGAAGCACCUCUCCUCCGUCCCACUGGACGAGGAGGUGACGGCCAUGUGCCUGACGGAGGACUUCGUGGUGCUGGGGACCAUGCAGUGCAGGCUGGAGAUCCGUGACCUCCAGAGCCUCAGGGCGGCCGUGCCCCCCGUGCCCAUGCCGGUGCCCGUCCACAGCGUGUCCGUCACCAAGGAGAAGAGCCACAUCUUGGUGGGGUUGGAGGAUGGCAAGCUCAUCGUGGUAGGGGCUGGGCAGCCCCCUGAGGUGCGGCCGGGACAGUUCCACUGGCGGCUGUGGCGCUCCACGCGGCGCAUCUCCCAGGUCUCGUCUGGCGAGACGGAGUACAACCCUGCCGAGGGCAAGUCCUAG